AUGGAAGGUAAAGAAAAUAUGACACAGCCCAUCAUUAAUUUUAUUAUUAUAGGAUUCCCUUCAUCUAAUCCUGUUCAGAUUCUGCUCUUCUUUAUUUUUCUCUUCAUGUACAUCUUGACCACAGUUGAAAAUGUUCUUGUCAUCGUCAUCAUCUGGAACAGUCGGAAUCUCCAUAAACCCAUGUAUUACUUUCUUGGAAACUUGUCAUUCUUGGAGACAUGGUAUGUAACGGUCACGGUUCCCAAGUUGUUAUCCAUAUUUCUUACAAAGAGUAAACAGAUUACAUUUAAUGCCUGCAUGACACAACUCUUCUUUUUCCUCUUCUUGGGCUCUACGGAAUGUGUGCUCUUAACAGUUAUGGCAUUUGAUCGAUAUGUAGCUAUCUGCAACCCUUUGCAUUACGUCACUAUAAUGAACUGGCAUUUUUGCUUUGUCCUGGCAUGCUGCACCUGGAUCAUUGGCUUUGUGAUAAGUAUUCUUAAGAUUUACUUCAUUUCCCAGCUUACUUUUUGUCAGUCAAACGUGGUCAACCAUUUUUACUGUGAUGUGUCUCCAGUACUUAAUCUCGCCUGCACAGACAGGCAGCAAACUGAAGUCGUAGACUUUAUCCUUGCCCUGAUUAUCCUCCUAGUGCCACUCCUGCUUACUUGCUUUUCCUAUAUGUGUAUAUUGGCAACAAUUAUUCAAAUCCCACAUUCUAAUGGGCGUAAGAAAGCUUUUUCCACUUGUGCUUCUCAUUUGGUUGUUGUUGUCAUACUCUAUUCCACCACUCUUUUCAUGUACGCUAGGCCAAGCAGGGCUCAAUCUGUUAAUUCCAACAAACUGGUCUCUGUUGUAUACACGGUGGUGACACCUUUCCUCAAUCCGAUCAUCUAUUGCCUAAGAAACAAGGAAGUGAAGGAGGCCGUCUAUAAACUUCUCUUUAGAAUCUGAAUAGAAUAUGAAUGGGUGUUGAUACUGAUCUGCCACCAGUUGAUAAUAAAAACAUUUUUUUCCACCAGAGUACCCCUUUAACAUUUCAGAGUGGUGAUAAGAUGAUUUUUGGGC